CCACCUUCCCUUAUUUACACCAGAAAAUCUUUUAAAUCCUCCAUUCAUUCUCUCCCUCUCUCUCUCUCUCUCUCUUUCUCUCAGUCUGCUCCCAUUUUCCCUCUCUUUCUCAGACUAUAUUUAGAGCAGAGGAAAAUGUAUUUCCGUUGAGGGAGUGAGAGAGAGAGAGGGGUUGGUUCUUCUUCCACAAGAGCAACAACAAUGGCUGUCGCUUCUCCAUGCCUGACUGGUAGUGAGAAGAAGCACUGGUGGCUUACCAACAGGAAGAUGGUGGAUAAAUACAUUAAAGAUGCUCGCAAUCUGAUGGCGACCCAAGAACAAAGCGAGGUUGCUUCGGCACUCAGCCUUGUCGACGCGGCUCUAGCCCUCUCGCCGCGGCUGGAGCAAGCCCUGGAGCUCAGAGCCAGGGCUUUGCUACAUCUGAGGCGGUUCAAGGACGUGGCCGAUAUGCUUCAGGACUACAUUCCAAGCCUGAAAAUGGCAAACGACGACUCUGGGUCUCUGUCGUCUGAGAGCUUGUCUCAGCCGCUCUCCAGGGAGCGAGUGAAGCUUCUCGGCUCCGGCAACUCGUCCACUGACUCGCCAAGUCGGGAUCCUAGUUUCAAGUGCUUCUCUGUCUCGGACUUGAAGAAGAAAGUCAUGGCAGGGCUCUGUAAAAACUGCGAGAAGGAAGGGCAGUGGAGGUACAUGAUUCUUGGACAAGCUUGUUGCCAUCUGGGGCUAAUGGAGGACGCCAUGGCUCUACUCCAGACCGGCAAGCGAAUCGCAACAGCCGCAUUCCGCCGCCAGAGCGUUUGCUUGUCCGACGACAGCUUCUCCAUCUCCACCACCGCCAGCACCACCACCACACCCACCACUCCACCACGCAAUGACCCAACAGACUCAGAGACCGUAAACCAGCUUCUCAGCCACAUCAAGCUUCUUCUACGUCGCAAGACCGCCGCGCUCGCAGCCCUCGAUGCCGGACUAAACUCGGAGGCCAUCCGCCACUUCACCAAGAUCGUCGACGGUCGCCGUGGGGCCCCACAAGGGUUCCUCGCCGAGUGCUACAUGCACAGAGCCUCUGCGUACCGCUCGGCUGGUCGAAUAGCGGAGGCUAUAGCUGAUUGCAAUAGGACUCUGGCUUUGGACCCAACUUGCAUUCAAGCUCUUGACACGAGAGCGUCUCUUCUUGAGACAAUCCGGUGCUUGCCGGACUGUUUGCAUGAUUUAGAGCAUUUGAAGCUUUUGUACAACUCGAUUCUGCGGGAUCGGAAGCUUCCCGGGCCGGCAUGGAAGCGACACAAUGUUCGUUACAGGGAGAUUCCAGGGAAGCUCUGUGCGCUCACGACCAAAACUCAACAACUGAAGCAGAGGGUCGCUUCUGGGGAGACUGGGAACGUGGAUUACUACGCUUUGAUUGGGUUAAGACGUGGGUGUUCGAGGUCUGAGCUCGAGAGAGCGCAUUUGUUGCUGUGCUUGAAGCACAAGCCUGAUAAAGCUAAUAACUUUAUCGAUAGGUGUGAGCUUGCUGAUGAUCGUGAUCUUGAUUCGGUGAAAGAACGGGCAAAGAUGUCAGCUUUGUUGCUCUACAGAUUGCUCCAAAAGGGUUACUCGAGCGUCAUGUCUACGAUCAUGGAUGAGGAAGCGGCUGAGAAGCAGAGGAAGAAGACUACAGCUGCAUUACAAGCAGCACAAGCAAAGCCAGUCCAGCAAACCAAAGAAUCCAAACCGGAAUCGGAAAUGAAUUCCUCUUCUUCUAACACGUCGGUAUUCCAAGGGGUGUUUUGCCGGGACCUUGCUGUGGUUGGGAAUUUGCUUUCACAAGCUGCGUUUAACCGUCAAAUUCCAUUGAAGUAUGAGGCGUUGAGCUGCUGAUCGAAUUGGUGGUGGGGUAGAAAAAUUCAAAUUACUUUGAGAUGUUACCGGCAGGGGAAUCUCUGGUCCCUUUUUCUCUCUAUUUGUACAAAAUUAGGACUGCCGGAAAAUUUUGUCACCCUUUUACUUGUUUAUUUUCCUUUGUCUACGACUCUACUCUAUGUACAGAAUUUUCAGUACCGAAUUAUCUACUUUUGGGUUAUGCAUGCA